AGACAAAGUCAUGUUAGGAUAUGUCAGUUAUUCUGUGACAGCUUUUGUGCUGAACCCACUAAGGUGUUUUAGAUGUCAAGCUCAUGGUCAGGUUGCAGUAGUCUGUAGGAGGGAGAUUCUGAGAUGUGAGAAGUGUGCAGGAGGGCAUGGGACAAAGGAAUUUGUAGUAUCAGUGGAUGUGUGUCAAUUGUGGGGGUGCCCAUGUUGCUAGGGAUCAGAAGUGCCCGGUGUGAGGCAGGUUGAGGUUGGCAGGGUGAGAGUAGAACAGAUGGUGUCCGAUGCUGAGGCAGUGAAGAGAGUAGAGGAUGAUAGGUCAAGAGUGAGUAGUAGCUCUAGGCCAAUACAGAGUGAUAUGAAUUUGUGCUUCAGUUAGCAUUCAUUGUCAUGGUUAUCAACUGUACUGCAGAAAUGUUACAUAAAUCACAAGAGUUUACAAGGUGUGUUGAACGAAAGACUCCCGUCCUCCCAGGCCGGAUAAUUUGAUGAAAUAGUGGUAUAUACUGUAGGCGUAGGGUUAGUUGGUGGUGCAUUUUUGUGUGUGUGUGUGUGUCACAAAAUGUAAUGUCAUCGACCACACACUACCGCACAGUAGGUGGUGGCAUGCACAAACAAAAUAUUUGAAUGCCAUGAUACCAGUAGGUGGCGGUAAUAUAACAUUGGUUGCCAAACACCACUGAAGAAGAAUACGCAAAUCUGCUACACCCUUGCCUUGGUGGUCGUGCAGCUGUGAUUUGUUGAUGGGCCUAUGUGAGGGUGGUUGACUAUUGGAGUUCAGCGAUGCUUUGUUCAUCGAGUUGAAACAGAGUGGGAAGAGGCAAGAAGCCCAUGACAACAUGAGUCCUACAGCUGUGCCUGUGGUCCACUGCUGUUGUCACAGGAAAAUCUGGUUACACUCAACAGAUGCAGGGGGCUUCAAGCCUGCCACCUCUGUGUUCCUCCUGCCCAUAGUGAUCUGAUCUUCCCCUAGGCAAUGGCGAGGAGAGGGCAGCGCCAUGAAUAGAUACACCACUCUCAGGCAGCUCGGGGAUGGCACCUACGGCUCAGUCAUCCUCGGCCGCAGCCUGGAAUCAGGGGAAUUAGUUGCCAUUAAGAAAAUGAAGAGAAAGUUCUACUCAUGGGAAGAAUGCAUGAAUCUUCGUGAGGUCAUAUCCUUGAAGAAACUCAACCAUGCGAAUGUGGUCAAACUCAAGGAGGUUAUACGGGAAAAUGACCAUUUGUACUUUGUGUUUGAAUACAUGAAGGAGAACUUGUAUCAACUAAUGAAAGACAGGUCUCGGCUGUUCCCUGAAUCUGCUGUGCGAAAUAUUAUGUUCCAGAUACUGCAGGGAUUAGCAUUUAUUCAUAAGCAUGGUUUUUUUCACAGGGAUAUGAAACCUGAGAACCUUCUGUGCAUGGGACCAGAGCUGGUGAAAAUAGCUGACUUUGGGCUUGCCCGUGAGAUAAGAUCUCGGCCGCCGUACACAGACUAUGUUUCAACAAGAUGGUACAGAGCUCCAGAGGUGCUGCUGAGGUCCACCACCUACAGCUCUCCUAUAGACCAGUGGGCUGUUGGCUGCAUUAUGGCAGAGCUCUACACCCUCAGGCCUCUGUUCCCAGGCUCCAGUGAAGUGGACACCAUCUUCAAAAUUUGCCAAGUCUUGGGAACUCCAAAGAAGAAUGACUGGCCAGAGGGCUUCCAGUUGUCGUUAGCCAUGAAUUUCCGCUGGCCUCAAUGUGUACCCAGUAAUCUAAGGAGUCUGAUCCCCAGCGCAAGUACUGAGGCCAUCCACCUCAUGAGAGACUUACUCCAGUGGGACCCUAAGAAGAGGCCAGCCUCUGCACAGGCCCUUAGGUACUCGUAUUUCUACGUGGGUCAGGCGUUGGGCACUCCUCAGCAGAUCCUGGAGCAGGGCAGGCCUCAGCCUGGUCCUCUACCUCCACAACCAUCACAGCCGCAACAACCACUGCUGCUCAACCCAGUGCCCCCUCCCCAGUCAGUGACCCCAAAUCCACAUUUCACCUCGUCCAGGCCCCUGCAACAGAUCGAGCGAGCCCCCACCCUGGUUCCAUUAUACCAGAGGCACACAGAGCUGCUGCGAGAGCAGCCCAACCGCAUUGUGAAGCAGGAGGAGACUGCGAGAGUCCCACUGACCCGUUUACCUUACAUUGUUGAAAAGAGCUUGCCGAGCCAGUUGACCCAGGAGGCUGAAAAUGCCAACUUCUUAAGCUAUCAGGUGAAACCUAAGGGUGGAGGACGCCGGCGAUGGGGCCAUGGCUCAGGCCUUUUAAAGGGUGACGGCUGGGAUGACUUUGAGGACACAGAGUUGACCUCUCUAAGUGUUCUGUGCAAAAUAAACGUUCCUACUGAAAAACGAAGAGAGGAGACUUUGAGCAGGUACGGAAAUGUUUUGGAUGUCAGCAACCCCAAAGUUAAGGGGCAGGUGUCGACAGGUGACAAUGCACCUUUGAAUCUGAACAAGGCCAUGUCCUACCAGGAGCCUUUGAGGACAGCCUCUGCCAAACAGCAUUACUUGAAGCAGUCAAGAUAUCUACCAGGUUUAAGUACCAAAAAGAAUAUGGCAAUAAAUUCCAACAAAGACUACAGUGAAAGCAACCUCCGGGGCAGCAGGAGUAUUCCUGUAGGAGGGACGUUUCCUAGCAGAAACACUCAUGGUUCAAAUACACUUCCAAGUGGAUAUGUACCAUCCUAUUUCAAAAAAGAGGUUGACUCUGCCGGUCAAAGAGUGCAACUUGGACCUAUAGGGGACUCAGCAGCAUCAAAUUAUGCAACCUGGAGGUCGUCAAGCAGAAGUCAGGUGGGUGCCUCAUCCUAUGUGCCGUCACCCACCAAGACUACAUCUGGCCUACAGUCUCGCCCCCCAGUACAGGCCAUCCAUGGGCGCACAGACUGGUCUGCCAAAUAUGGACACCGCUAGUGGCCUCUUUGGGGCAUUUGUGUUAUGGCCUGGUACAGAUGUCUGUAUUCCUGAUUUUCUCUUUUCCCUAUAAAAGGAAAACAUCAGUUUUUCAUAUCGAAGUAUGUAUGUGUUAUACAGCAAUAACCUUGGUUUUGUAUUAUUCUGUGUGUGUAUUAUAUGGCUAAAUGCACUCAGCAAAAAGUUGGUGUUAUCACAUGCAAUAGAUUUAUUUUUAAAUUUUGUUCGGUGACAAAUUCCCUACCCGGUUUGUUUAUUGCAUAGCUUUCUCACCCCCUUUGUUGCCUUUAGAAUGUUUAUUCCAUAGAUUUUGUAAAACGCCUCCAUGAUUUUUAAAUGACCUAUCCAGUCUUUAUGCAUUUUAUAUUGCAAAUAUCACUGUGAUAUUUUGGCUGAACCCUGUUUUUAUGUUGCCGAUUUGUCUUGUUUUUGUUUUAAUAUAUUUAUCUUGGUGCUUUCUUUCAUGAAAUAUUCUGUAAUGCAAUACAGAAAAACACUUGUAUUUGAUGCAUUCUUUUAGAUUUUAUUCAUUGUUCAAGUUUUUUUUUAAACAACUUAUUUCAAGCAGAAUUGCUAACACUAUUAGCAUUAAUAUUAUCUUUGUAUUGAAUGACAUGGCUUUUUUUUUUUUUAUUGAGCGAGAGAGAGGCCAUACUGUUGACUUGGUUUAUCUGCUGGGCCAAAUUGUACAAAUGUAACUGCCAGUUACCAAAUGCCAUUGCAAAAAAAAAUGUUUUAUGUGGUAUUGUAAUAACUGUUUUUGGACAAGCUGUAAGGUCAUGUCUUUGACAUCAAUUCUGUUUUGGUUUUAUAUUCAAUAAACUCAUUGGUGGAUAGAC